UAAAGGGAUUGACAUCGGCAUAGCCAGCAUAGCGUUGUUGUCACGUGGAGACGCGCAUGCUGCAACCGCGUUAAAAAAAUGCGAAACCUGAGGUUCUGUAUUCUAUGGUUUUGCGGCUGAAGCUGAAGUAGCGCGUUCUUUAUUCUAUGGUAGCGCUCCCUCCUGAGCAACUACUCCCUGUGACAGCCGUUGCUGUUUGAGUUAUCAGUUUCAGAACCAUGGAUGCAAUUCAUGAACCCGAAUUUCGGCCUUGGAUCGGUGAAACCAUGUCACCGACAGAGUUCAAACAAAAGUGGACGGACGCUUUGAAAAACGAGCAACACGACAGUGAUCAGAACGUUCGAGAAGCUAUCAUGCAACUGAUGAACAUACCGGAGUCUGUGUUAAAAACACUGGAGGCCGACUGCAGCCCAUCUACUCUGUGUUGUGGAGAAGAAAGCAUCGACAUAGCAAAUCUCCCGAAGCAUGACGACCUCAUGACUCUGAGGCUGCAGAGACAAGACCUUGAGAAGCGAAAAGAUGAUGAAGCAUAUCGUCUGAAGACAUACCAUUACUUUCGCAAGGUGUGCUUCCUUUCAAAAGUGAACAUUAUGAAGCAGAAAACUCAGCUGAAAUUUCCAGAAGAAGAACGUGUUCCCAGCAAUGAGGUUGUGCUGAUAGCACAAGUCUUCAAACCUAUCAAAAUGCCUGUGGGAAUAAAGAAAGUGCGCAUGGGCGCUCACUGCUUUUCUUUCAAGAUUCAAGUAGAAUUAGCAAUGCUCAGCUGCCAGUCAUUGCGUAGCUUGCGUGAAAAAAUUACAUGCAUAUCAGACGCUGCUGUCCUUGGAGACUUCAGUGAAGACCCAGACAGAAUUUCGGACCAACGAGCUGUGGAGCUGUACAAGUCGGGCUUUUUUUACAUAGGGAACACAUUCUACAAUGACAUGAGUGAUCCAGCAUGCAGAGACUACAGCGAGGUAAUACUAGAGUGGGCGAAGAAUCCCCGGCGCGAAAUAGGUCCUUUUAAGACUGCAGACAUGGCAAAGACUAAACUUGCAGACCUGGAGCUGCGUCUGGGAUACCCCUAUGUCUAUGUUCACCAAGGCUACUGUGAACACCUAGUGGUCUUCUCCGACAUAAGGGUGCUCCACCCACAUGACAGCCAAAACAUGUUGGACUACCCAGUGGCAUUGAAAACCUUCCCAUGUGGCAGGCGGGUGUUCUGCAUGCUCUGCCACCAGAGCACAGCUAAAUGGGUGACAUACGAGAACGAACGUGUCAGUGAUGACCCAUAUUUCUUCUGUGAUACGUGUUUUCGGUCCUACAACUACACCCCAGACAAUAAGAAAAUUGGCAAGUUUCGUGCAUCGCCCUACCUGGAUUGGAAUACAGUACUGUGAUAUGCACUAGUCUUUUCUCGAAUGCAUAACAUUUGUGUUCAGUUUCCUUGCUUUACCUAUUAUGUGUUGCACUGUAAGUGUGCGUGCUUAAUAAAUUGUAUCAAUAACCAG